AUGACUACCGGCGAGACACUACGAAUCUCUUUUACCCUCCGGCGUUUGUGUCUUUCACAAUCGGUGGUAAGACUCUCUCACCGUAGGUUGCUUCCUCCCCCGCUUAACACCCUUCACCCACCGGACCCUCCAGUACCUCCCGACCCGCCGGAUUUUUGUAACGGAAAAGGUCUCGACUCUUAUCAAAUUCCGGUCACGGUCUCGGUCAAAUUUUUCACAUCUUCCCGGCGAGAUAAAUCCUUGGAUCCACCAGCACCACCGUCCAUCACAGGCUGGGUCGUACUCCCGACGACGGCGACACUGUAUCCUGAUUUCCUUUGCGCCGACCCCUCUUUCACAGUCAUAUCCAUCGUAGCCGGCGUCAAGAUUUGCAAACCUCUUGGAAAGGCACUUGUGUGCAAUCUGGGCUUGGCCCAUCACGUGGAUUCUAUGGGCCCAACGAAGAAAAAUGGAAGUGAAGGCCCAUAUCACUUACCCAAUAUCCGGUCAGGUUCUAGUUUCUUCUGGAUUUUGAUUAUUGUAAUAAACACAAUGUUGGCUUUAUCAUGGAUGUGUUUUGAGCUAGAUACCUUCUCUGUUGUGAGUAGGUCAAAGUUUUCUGGAUUCUCAAAUCCUGUAAUUUCUUCCUUUUUGGAGAGAACUCGAUCACCUUUCCUUCUCCUGGUGAGAGUAAGGUUCGUCUCGGAUUUAACUCCGAUCAAUUCCCUAACCAUCAUGAGGAAACUCGGAGGUAUGGGUAGUCUUCCAAAGCCAUGA